AUGUUUUUGGAUAUAUUGAUCGACGACGGCAUCAAAUUCUUAGCGUCAUUUCCAGUUCAGUUAAAAUUGAUAAGGCUUGGCGUCCCUGUGAUUCCUCCAAGCGGUCCUAUUAACUUUGACAAGUACAUUGGGCGUGGUUUGCAGGAAGGGGAAAAGCUUCUACCGGAAGAACAAGCAUCCGAGCCACAAGUAAAUGGAGCAGUGUUGAAUGAAUUGUUGUUAAUGGGAUUCCCAGAAAUACGCUGCAAGAAGGCAUUGAUUGCUACCGACAACAGAGAUGCCGAAACGGCUUUGAACUGGAUAUUUGGGCACAUGGAUGAUCCCGGUAUGUAUAAUGAUAUGAAUCGGCCAUGGGCAAUGAAAGCAUAG